UGCUUUGCCCGAAGGGCGUGGUCUCAGCUGGCUGAGCCCACGCACGCACACGCAUGCGGCUGUUAUGGCUCAGGGCCCUGCGCCGGCGUUUCCAGCAUGGCCCCCGCCGCGUCCCCAGCCGCCAGGCGUCCCGGGGCGCGAAGGCUAGCAGAGCUGGGUGGGAAGAAAAGAGCAGUAGCGCUGUGAAGUGGAGGCAGCUGGAACACAAGGGCCCGUACUUCAGCCCGGCCUAUGAGCCCCUUCCCGAUGGCGUACACUUCUUCUAUGACGGAAAGCCCGUGAAGUUGAGCUUGGCAGCGGAGGAGGUCGCUACUUUCUAUGGGAAAAUGCUGCAUCUUGAAUGUACGACCAAGGAAGUCUUCCAGAGGAACUUCCUCAAUGACUGGCGGAAGGAAAUGACAGCGGAGGAGAGGAACCUCAUCACACAGCUUGACAAAUGCGACUUCACGGAGAUCCAUAGACACUUCCUGGAAAGAGCCGAGGCCCGCAAGGCCCUGCCCAGGGAGCAGAAACAGAAGCUAAAAGAAGAGGCCCAGCAGCUUCAGCAGGAGUUUGGCUACUGUAUUUUAGAUGGCCACAGAGAAAAAAUAGGCAAUUUCAAGACGGAGCCACCUGGCUUGUUCCGUGGCCGAGGUGACCAUCCCAAGAUGGGCAUGUUGAAGAGGAGGGUCAUGCCAGAGGAUGUGAUCAUUAAUUGCAGCAGGGAUUCCAAGUUCCCCGAGCCCCCAACCGGCCACCAGUGGAAAGAGGUGCGCUCAGAUAACACGGUCAUGUGGCUGGCGUCAUGGACGGAGAACAUCCAGAACUCUUUCAAGUACAUCAUCCUGAACCCCAGCUCCAAGCUGAAGGGGGAGAUGGAUUGGCAGAAGUACGAGGUAGCACGACGCUUGAAGGGGGUUGUUGACAAGAUCCGUGCUCAAUAUCGGGCUGAGUGGAAGUCACCAAAAAUGAAGACAAGACAGCUGGCUGUGGCCCUGUAUUUUAUCGAUAAGCUGGCCCUGCGGACAGGAAAUGAGAAGGAAGAGGGUGAGACGGCUGACACCGUGGGCUGCUGCUCGCUCCGCGUGGAGCAUGUCCGACUGCAUGCACAGGCAGACGGCCAAGAGCCGGUUGUGGAGUUGGACUUCUUGGGAAAGGAUUCCAUUCGCUAUAAUAACCAUGUGACAGUGGAGAAGCUUGUGUUCCAGAACCUUCAGCACUUCAUGGAGAACAAGGACCCUAGAGAUGACCUCUUUGACGCACUGACCACUUCCAGCCUGAACAAACACCUGCAGGACUUGAUGGAGGGGCUGACAGCCAAGGUGUUCCGGACCUACAAUGCCUCUGUCACUCUGCAGGAGCAGCUGCGGGUACUGACCAGAGCUGAUGAUAGCCUGGCCUGCAAAGUCUCAGCUUAUAACCGGGCGAACCGGGCUGUGGCUGUCCUCUGUAACCACCAGAGAGCAAUUCCCAAGACCUUCGAGAAGUCAAUGGAGACGCUCCAGAGAAAGAUUGAAGCAAAGAAGGCACAGGUGGCUGAGGCACAAGCAGAGCUGAAGAAGGCAGAGGCUGACGUUAGAAUGAGAGGAGACAGCAAGUCCAGAAGUUACCUACAAAAGCAGCGGCGGUUGCAGAAGCUGGAAGAACAGCUGGCCCGGUUGUGCACGAAGGCCACAGACAAGGAGGAGAAUAAACAGGUGGCCCUGGGCACCGCCAAGCUCAACUACCUGGACCCCAGGAUCAGCAUCGCCUGGUGUAAGAGAUUUGGAGUGCCUGUGGAGAAGAUCUUCAACAGGACCCAGAGAGAGAGGUUCGCCUGGGCCUUCAGCCAGGCAGGUGAAGACUUUGAAUUCUAAGCAGUCCCUUUGCCACUGAAACUUACUUUCUCACCGUGGAGCAGUAUUGUAGUUUUCCAUAAUA